AAACGAAGAACGGCAACUACGUUAUGGCCGACGUUCAUGGUGACCUCGGAAAAAUAGCGAGGGGUUUAUGGUUUUCGUCGCCCACGCCCAGGACCCGUUGUUUCUUCCCUUCGGCCCAGAAGAUAAGUGAGCGUCUUUAAUUGGCAUCCUGAGCCGCGUCUGCGAGAUUUUUGCAAAAAAUAUAGGUGUCAUAUUAGUAGGCGCAAUCGCUGCCCAAGAUGGCGGACGUCGAGGGACAACAACAAACCCUCAUGGUAGCUGGCGCGGGGGAUGAGCUUGCGAGCUCGGAGGCGGCCGCCGACGACAAGCUCGAUCAGGCCACCGUGCAGCAAGUGCAAGUCAGCGAGUCCGGCGAAAUAACGGCGUCGGACAUCUUGCAGCAGGCCUUUCAGGAAGCGUCGGGCGAGUUCGAGCAAGUGGCGGUUACCUACGCCACGGUCGAAGACGGCGUUGCGGUCUUGCACGGCGCCCUUCCAGACGGAAUCUUGCAGCAGCAGGUCAGCGAGGACGGGCAGAUCGUGCAGCCGGUGACUUUAGCCGACGUCGUCAGCGACACCGGAGCGGAGGCCGCCGAGCCGACGGCCGAGGCGGCCGAGACCGAAGAGCCCGCCAAUACCGCCGAAGAUGACGCCGCCACUGGCGAAGCCGUUGCCGACUUCGUGGACGAAAGCGGAGCGGAGCAGGCCGUUCUCGUCCAAGACGACGCCGUCGAAGAGGGGGGAGACGAAGACGCAGCGAUGCAGGAAGACGAAGAGCCUGCGGCCGCGUCGCCCGAGUCGGAAGAAGCGACCGCUUCGUCGCCGUCGGUUCCUGUCCGAAUCCAGCCCGCUUCGUCGUCAUCGGGCACUCUGCAGCAGAUCGGCUUGCCGCAGAAACAGUCGUCGGCACCGCUGGGCUCCUCCGAGAACCCGAUUCAGAUCAUACAGCAGGGCAACACGUACCACUCGACCCAGGUCCUGUCACCCGAACAACUGCAGCAGAUCGCACACGUCCUCCAGCAACAGCAGGUGAACCGCGCCAUUCAGAACGGCGGGUCUGCGGUGGUCUUCAACCCCCAGACGAACACGAGGAUUAUCUAUCGGGUCAUCUACCCGUCCGAGCUCGGCAGCAAGUCAUCGUCGUCGUCGACGACGACUAGGGCCUCCUCGGGACGCGGUAGGGGGACGUACUCAACGCGAGGUCGCGGGCGACCGAGGGGACGCGGUUUCGCGAGGAGAGUCGUCGAUGAGGACGACCCGCGUAGCGACGGCCCCGAACUGUCGCGAGAGGAGAAAGAAGAGAAGAAGAAACACCGGCCGCGGACGCGGUCGGGGCGCAUCUCGAAGCCGCCGUCGUACAUGGUGAAAGACUACAAGCGCAUCCACCACCUCGACUUCGACGACGAGCCGUACGACGACUCGGACGGGGGUUACUCCGACUACCAGGUCAGCGACGACGAGGAGCGAAGCGGGAGGCGAUCGUUUACGGGUCUGGGGGGCCGUCCACGCAAUUACAAGUGUCCGACGUGCUCCAAGUCGUACAUCGGGCGUGGAGGUCUUUGCCGGCAUCUGCGACUCUAUCCCGACCAUGGCAACCCGUCCGAUGUUGAGGAACUGAGCGUCCACGACGAAACGUCCAACACGCCACCGCCUUCGUCCGCCAUGGAGCGGCGGCCGGGCGAGGGCCGGUCCUCGGACGCGGGCGACCGCAACCCGGCUAUGAUGGCGGCGCCGCAGAGGAGCCGCUACGCCGACCUCGCCUCCAUCCGCAGAAAGUCGCGCCUCCGAGAGGCCGCCAGGGCGUGCAGGGACGAAGAAGUCAUGGAGGUGGUCUUGCCUCGUGUCACGGAGAUGGUGUCCCUCUGGGAGUUCCUGCUCAGCAAGUGCGAGAAGGGAGACCCGCCUCAGCUGCAGGUGCCAGACAUGCUGAUCCAAAUGGAGGAAUUGCUCAGGGAGAUGCGGGCCCUGGGGCAGGAGUCCCUCAAGGCCGUCGAAAGCUCGGACGUUGGAGGCACCCUGGUCAAGAUCGAAGACGAGGCAGUGGCGCAGGCGCUGGGCCUUCCAACGGGUCUGUACUCGGUGCUCGAAGAGGAGCCCGCCAAACCCGUCCCGGUGACCCGCAAGCGCCCGCGCCAGGACGGUCAGGCUUCCCAACAGGGCGCCGGCUCCCAGCAGGGUGGCGGCGGCACCGUGGAGUUUGUGACGCCCGAGGAGAUGGUGGCGGCGCUGCACGGAGAGCCGCUGCCGCCCAACAAGCGGAUGCGUCUCGACGACGAAGACUCCUUCGUCGUGCUGCCCCCAGACUCGGAGGGCGCCAAGACGGACAAGGAGACGGCGGCCAUCAUCGAGGCAACCCUGAACAGCGACUCGCUCUCGGAAAACAUGCUGGAGAACCUCGAGUUCGCGGGGCUUCCCGUGGCAGACGAGAACGCCGUCACCAAUGGCGGCGAGGAGCAGGAGGCGGCGCCCGUCGCCACCACAAUCGUUCGGCAGGCGAAGCCGGCCGCGGUGAAGCAGACAACAGUGGUCACGACGCAGCAGACAACGAGGCCGUCCCCCAGCAGCUUCCAGUUCGUGCAGCAGGCAGGGACCCAGAAGAUACAGAUCCUUCCGGGGCAGUCACUGCUGAGCCGCAACUUUGUGCGGGUGGUGACGUCCUCGGAAGGCACCCCGGUUGCGAACGACGCCGCUGCGGCCGCCACCGCCGUGACGGUUGUGCCGCAGGAGUCGGCGUCCCCCCCGGAGGCCGAAGCCGCAGAGCCGGCCGUGCAGCCGGAUGAGCAGCCGGAAGCCGCCGACCAAGCCGCAGCGGGGGAGGAGGAGGAGGACAAGCAGACGGAGACCCUGGUGCAGGUUGUGGAGAGUCAUGGCAACGAGGAGGACUCUCAGCACGAGGUCACGCAGGUGGUGUGCGCCGAGGAGGAGGGGGAGUCCCAGAACGGGGGGGAGUCUCAGCCGGUCAUCCGGCAGUACAUGCUCCCGGACGGGCAGAUUGUGAGCGCCUACGAGGACGCCGAGGGGGGCCUGGUGCAGCUGGCAACCCCCGAGGAGGAGACCACCACCGCUCUCGGAAACGUGGUCAUCGUCCACAACCCGGACGGCACCACCACCCUGCAGGUUCCCAACGACGGAAGCAUCCCCAUCGAGACUGUCCAAGCCCUGUUGGCGAUGGACCAAUCGGCCAUGGUGGUUCAAACACAAGAGGAAGCAACGGCGGAGACGGCGUAAUCGGGCGGAGAUCUGAAGACUGCGACAGAACCGGAAAUUCGGACGGCGUGAAUCCGGGGACGGUUUACAGACGAAUUGGACUAGCUUUCGCCCACGCUCAGACGUGCCGGGACGUGCGAACGCGUGCCAGUGUGAACCAAGUGUUGCGCCGAGGAAGCAAGCUACGAGCUGCUGCACCCUCGCGUCGGAAGUUUGACGACGGAGCUUUCGUCUGCUCGAGACUUUGUUCGGACUGCGUGCAUGCCGUGCCAUUUGCAGACUGUUCCUUACCUUUGUUUCUGCCCCCUCGAUGCACCUUUGUCUGCACUGUCGUCUUUUUGAGUAGGCGUAAGUUUGACUGGUUUUUUGUUUACUUAUUGAGUGCACCGUAUUUCCGAAAUACAGCUUCGGUUCGUGGCCGCCACGGGGGAGAAGCUGCGCUCGUAAUGAACGCAGCAGCGACGCGGUUGUACAUAUUUUGGUGUCUCACAUCGGCGGCGAGUCGCCGUACGGCUGCCGCGAGGCGCGUCAACAUUUCGACGAGACUAAGCUUGUUCAGUGGGACGGCCGAACUUCGUUCCAUUUAUUCGCAAACUCGUUCUUCCGUUUGGCGAGCACCUACAUCGAGAUCAUAUUUAGCAUGUCGGUCAGUAGCGCCACUUUUUAAAAGGGUCACCAAGCCGCGUCUAGCUUCGAAGGCGCCGUUAAUUAAGGUACGAGUCUCUCGAGCUAAAAACAUUCUUGAGCGCUACAAACAGGAAGUUUGUCCGUUCCUUUUCUUUUUUUUUUCUUUCGAUUGUUUACUGUGGGUCGCUUGCCAAAAAAAAAAAUGUUUGCCAAAACUCGUCAACGUUGCGUUCUCGUCGCUGCGUCCUCGGGAUCACCACCACAUGCUGCACAGGUCGUUUUCCCUCGUACCUGCGCCUCCUUCUCGUUUGAAUGUACAGUCGUCGAGCUCGCACACAUCUGCCACACUUCAAAGGUCGCCGUCAACCAUGCACAUCGGAGGAACAAGGCUUAUGAAUUUGCAUUCGGCGUGUUCCGGAAGCCUCGGCGGAAAAGUCCCGCAACCCCUUCGCUGUACAUAAAAGCGGGGACGAGACGACGCUGCAAAAUUCCCGUUUGGGGAUGCCGCUCCGACCAAAGUACAACUCUCACACAUGUAAAGAAGCGGAGGCAUCUCGACGAUCCACGCGCGCACACCUUCAUAUCCGCACGCGGGUUCAUUGCGGAAGAUACAACGUGGGUCCUUUCAAUGUCAUUCUCAUCAUCUCCAUUAGCGCCACGCGCUCAUGUCGUUCUAAUGUUUAUCGAGGCAUACGUGUACAAAUAGCUACAACGUUGUACAUACAUACCCGCUUACAAUCCCUGCCUGCUCUGUUUUUUUUUGUAGCCACUCUUUAUCUAUUUACCGAUGUUGUACCAUGCCCUCGCAGCCACGAGGGACGUGCAAGUUCUUGGUCGUUUUUUUCCCCCCUUCGUAUACAUUUACGCAUUGUAGGUUUGACCCAGAGAAAUUCGGUUGCUCUCUGAAAGCAAUGUGCCGCACUCUUUGAUAACAUUUUUUCUAUUAGUUCCUUGUUUUUUUUUUUGCUUGUGUAGAUAAGCCUCGGUGGCUUGCAAACGAUAUAUGCCUCUGGUGGGUCAUUCACAAACACCAUGUAAAUGUUUUUUCCAAAGCGCCGACGUGCAACAAACUGAAAUAAAAGUUCUCUGGGGUAAGUUGCGAAA